UCCAAGAUGGAUGAUACAGGUUGGCAUCUUGAUGCCUUUGAUGAUGGCUCUCUUAAAAUUGUCAGCGAAACGCAGUUAAGGAAAUAUGGUAAAUUCCUAGAGGAUUAUGCAUCUCAGCUGAAUGCGAUUGAGAAAGCUCUAGAUGAUACAGUUGGAGAGUCUUGGGACUUGACUCUUGAUCCUAUCAGUCUGCAGGUGCUUCCUUAUGAGCAGACCAAAGUACUUGAACUAAUCAAGACAGAUAAUAAAGUGUUCAACAAAGUUAUAACUGUUUUUGCUGCUCUGUGUGGAGAGAUGGAAACACUGAGACAUGAGGCUGUCACUAAAUUUUACACUCCAUUGCUGCUGUAUGAGGAAGCAGGGUCUGAGACAGAACUAGAAGAGGGAGAAGCUCAAGUCAAGAUGGGAAGAAUGCUGCCACUGCUACAGGAAAUCUCUAGUUUUGUUACCCGUUGUUAUGAAGUUGUCAAGAAUGUACUUCAACAGCUUGGAUCUCUUUACAACAAAACUGGUCCUAAAGUAAUAGACACAACAGGAGUUCAUUUUACUACUGUGUUCGAGCAUCUUGGUAAACUGCUUAUGGUUCUCAUCACACUCGAUGAAAUCAUUGAAGCAAGCCAAACCCUCAAAGAACAUUGGAAACUUUACAGGAGAAUGGUAAAGUCUGUAUACCACAAUACUGGUAUGUUUGGAGUUGAAGAAGAGAAGUUGAGACCAUUUGAAAAACUGUUGAUGAGUUUAGAAGGUCAGCUGUUGGAUGGUGUCAUUUUACAGGGAUGCUCAGUCAUACUACAUGAAAGUCAGUUCAUGGAUGGUCCACAUGGAAUCUUCAUUAGCCAAGGGUGAUUCAUUAGUGGAAAACCUUCACACAAGAUGUAUACUCUUUGUACAAGGAAUUCUGUAUGCUUAUAACCUCAGCCAUCUUAUCCGUACUGUAAUGAAUAUGCACCUUGUAAUGUCAAAACCAAUGACCAAGACUGCUGUACUAGCACUCUGCAGGCUCAUUGAGCUACUGAAGGCUAUUGAAAGUACCUUUCAUCGUCGCAGCAUGUUGAUUGCACAAAAUGCCAAUCACAUAGUUCAGCAUCUGACAUUCUUAGCUCUUUCCUGUAUUGAAUCUGCAAAGAAACGUGUCUCUGCCGACAAGAAGUAUACAGAUAAACGUCUGGAUGUUUUGGCUGCGCUGGUACUUGUACAAACAGCACUUAAUGGCCCAGCAACAAAGGAACGCCAGUUGAUUGUCAAUCUUGGUCUUCAUGUUGGGACACUAAUGAGAGCAUUUAAAGAUGAAGAGACAGAUAGCCUUAACAAUGCACUCAAGAAGAUCGACAUCAUCAGUGGAAUAAGAGCCAAGAUCAAAGCUGCUUGUGACUGUAGUUUUCUUCACUGGCAUCGAGUCGUUUUUCCGAUAUACCUCAAUGAUUUGUAUGAUAAUGCUGUAGAUAUACAUCGAUUACAUUACAUGCUGAAUGCUUUACGUGACUGUGUUCCCAUCCUAAGUCAAGUCAGGCAUGAGUCAUCCCCACAAGUCAUGCUGGACUCGUUUGAAAAGGAAAUUGAGGAAGUUCUGAAUGAGAAUUUUCUGCAUCAGUUAUGUCGUGAUAUUGAGACAGACCUUCGCCUUCACAUUCACCAGCAUCUACAGCUGGAUGACAGGAAUCCAUUCAAGGUUGGUUUGAAGGACUUGUCUCACUUUCUCGAGCUGCAUCCCAUACGAUUCUUUGACAAGUUUAUUGAUAUCAAAGCGUACGUAACUCACUACCUCGACAGCACGUUCUACAACCUUACCACUGUUGCUUUACAUGACUGGAAAACCUAUGCUGAAAUGAGGAACAUGGCAAAACAGAAGUAUGGGUUAGAGAUGACAGAAGCUCAUUUACCAAGUCAAACACUUGAACAGGGGCUUGAUGUUCUGGAGAUUAUGCGCAACAUCCAUGUGUUUGUCUCACGAUAUCUCUACAACCUUAACAAUCAGAUCUUCGUGGAGCGCGCAUCCAACAACAAGCAUCUUAACACCAUCAAUAUUCGUAACAUCGCCAACUCGAUCCGUACUCAUGGCUCAGGAAUCAUGAACACGACUGUCAACUUUACCUAUCAGUUUCUACGCAAGAAGUUCUUUAUUUUCUCACAGUUUUUGUAUGAUGAACACAUCAAGGCCAGGCUUGUCAAGGAUAUUCGUUUCUUUAGAGAAAGCAAAGAGCAGCUUGAUCAAAAAUAUCCGUUUGAAAGAGCAGAGAAGUUCAACAAGGGAAUACGUAAACUGGGCUUGUCUCCUGAUGGCUACACAUACUUGGAUCAGUUUAGGAUCCUGAUUGGACAGAUAGGUAAUGCCAUGGGGUACAUUCGUAUGAUACGAUCUGGUGGUCUACAUUGCUGCAGCAAUGCUAUAAGGUUCGUACCCGAUCUUGAAGACAUAGUGUCUUUUGAAGAACUGGUGAAGGAAGAAGGUUUGUCAGCAGAAUCGCUGCAAGCAGCCAAGACUCUCGACUCUGCCAUUGAUAAUCUUUCCAAAAACUUUGCUGGUGCCACGGAAUACUUCAAGCUUCUUGUCGAUGUUUUCGCACCCGAGUUUCGCGAGGCCAAAAAUAUGCACCUGAGGAACUUCUACGUCAUCGUACCACCUUUGACAUUGAAUUUUGUUGAAUACAUGUUGAGCUGCAAGGAAAAGUUGAACAAGAAAAAUAAAGUGGGUGCUGCAUUUACGGAUGAUGGCUUCGUAAUGGGUGUGGCCUACAUUCUUAAGCUUCUUGAUCAAUAUCAUGAAUUUGACUCUCUUCACUGGUUCCAGUCUGUCCAAGACAAGUACGAAAAGGAAAAGAGAGAAGUCCGUGCAUCGCUUGAACGAGGAGUAAAAGAUGAAAAACUACAACAAACAAUGAAUCUUACACUCAAAAGACUUUCAACUUACCAACAAGAGUUCGAGCUGGUCUACUUCUCUCUGAACAGUGCACGGAUCUUCUUUAGAGCAGACAAGACUGCUCAAGAAGAAAAGGAUGAGAAAGAUGCCAGACCCGAAAGUGAAACGGGAACGAACACAGAGGAUGCAGAAUCAACCCCACCACCACCCCCAGAGACACCACAACCAAGUUAAACCUUAGGUCAAUAGGAAAUCAGUCAAUGAUGCAGGAUUCUCUUACCUUCAAAAGACAUUCCAGUGAAAUGAUCCCGUAAAAUAGAAUCCCAAAUAGGACUAUUUCACUAUUGUCAAAUAUAUAGACAUAAAUCAUUUAUGAAUGUUCAAAUUUAAUAAUUAUCGAUGGAAUAUAACACUGAAAUAGAUAAUGAGAGGUCAAAACAAGUUUUAGGAAAAUGUAAAGAAGGUAUACGAAAGAUAGCGUAAUCUUAGCCCUGUUGCUGUGCACUAGCAAACUGCACAGAAUAAAAUGAAUUUCUGUAUUUUUAUAUUCAUGGUGUUGAGAACCGAAAUUCUCCGCUUCUUGAUGCACAGUUUAUACAACGAAAAUAAAAUAAAUGAUUAGGAUUAAUAA